UUGGCGUUGACCUCAUCUCCUCGCCUGCAUGCGCACAACUGCCUACCUAGACUACCUAAGCUUUCCUCCAACUCACUUGCAUGUGUGCCUUUUUCCUAUCGGCCUGAAGCUUUCAAUUUCCUGCCGUCUUGCCGUCUUGCCGUCUUUUUCUCCCCUGGUGGCUCGCCAAUCUGACAUCGGGGCGUUAGUGCCCGACUUCCAAGGUUGACCUGCCUCUUGCUCCAUCUUAAUCAGCGGCCUUGCCGUUCCCUAUCCGCCUCCUUUUGAAACACUCGAGCUGCCAUCUCGGAUGCCGUGCAUGACGCCGCAUGACGACCGACUCCCCGCCGCAUCGCAGUCUAUGAAUGCGCCUUUUGCUCCUCGCAUCAGUGCCUCAACCAGCCGAUCUGCUCUUGCCAUCCCGUUCCCUCCCAGCCGAUCGACCAGAGGCCCACAGUGUGACGGUCCAUCCGGCCGACAAGCUCCAACGGCCAGCUCAGCCCAGCCACUCGGAACUGCAACCAGAGCCACCCCGGCUCGUCCUGCCGACACCGAUACCUGAGAUCCACAGCGCAUUUCGGUCUGCCUCACAUAGGGGCAUCGCUUGACCUCGUCCUUAUUUACUUUUUUCCAGCAUAGCCUUUGAUUGCUCCUCUUGCAGCCGACAACUGUACAAGGGGUCUCUUCGGGUCCGGCCUUCUUGCUAUCAUGGGCUUCCUCGGCGUCUACAGAGCCUUAUACGAUUACGCUCCUCAGUCUGAGGGCGAGCUGCAGAUCACCGAAGGUGACUUGCUAUAUCUUCUCGAACAAAGCUCCGAGGAUGACUGGUGGAAGGUCAAGAAGAAGGCCAGCGUGGAGGAUGAGGACGAGCCCGACGGCCUGGUCCCGAGCAAUUAUGUAGAGCAGGCACAACCCAUCGACAGCGCGCGUGCCCUCUACGAGUAUACGAGACAGACCGACGAGGAGCUAUCCUUCACCGAGGAUGCCGUGCUCGAGGUUUUCGACACGUCAGACCCCGAUUGGAUCCUGGUUGGCUUCAAUGGUGACUAUGGCUUCGUACCCGCCAAUUACAUAGACAUGACCGGCGGCGCCGGGAACGACCAGCCUUCGCCCGUUCCAGAGCCAGAGCCUGCGGCAGUACCUGCUCCUCCUAGCUUGCCCUCGAGGCCUGCCGCCCCUCCGGCGCCGUACGCCGAAGACGAGCCCAGCCCGCCUCUCCCAGCGAGAAAUAUCCCUCCAGAGCCAAGCAGUCCCGCCGCUCCAAACCCGGCCGCAGCCCUCGCCAACGUCAUGGGCGCCAGGGCAUCGGCGCCUCCGUCCGUCCCUCGCGAGACCCCCCCUCCUCCCGCACUCAACAUCCCGCCGGCUCCCAGACACGAAGAACAGUACGAGGAGGAGAUAUCACCACCUCUGCCGGCGCGGACUCGAACUUCCACGAUCCAGUCUACCAUGUCCAAUGACCGCACGGAUAGCUUGUCACCACCUGUGAGGCAGUCUACGUACCGUGACCCAUUCCCGCAGUACGAACAACAGCCAAGGCGACAGACCUCCGUCGGGGGCCGCGAGUAUGAACCGAGGCCUCAGGACCUGUCGCCCGGUGGAUUCCACAUGUACAAUAUUAAUGAGAUGAUAUCUAUCAUGGGCAAGAAGAAGAAGAUGCCGACGACCCUGGGUAUUAACCUUAAGACGGGUAUUAUCCUGAUCGCUCCAGAGCAUGCACAAGACGGCCCGUCGCUCGAGUGGACUGGAGACAAAAUGACGCAUUAUUCUCGGGAAGGCAAGCAUGUAUUCAUUGAACUUGUGAAGCCCAGCAAAAGUGUGGAUUUCCACGCCGGCGCGAAGGAUACGGCCGAAGAGAUUGUUGCUGCGCUGGGUGAACUGGCUGGAGCAAUCCGUGCAGAGGGCCUUCGAGAGGUUAUUAUGGCUGGCACCGGCAGGGAGCAAAGGAAGGGCAAAAUGCUUUACGAUUUCAUGGCCCAGGGCGAAGACGAAGUCACGGUAGCCGACGGCGAUGAGGUCAUUAUCCUCGACGACAUGAAGAGCGAAGACUGGUGGCAGGUCCGAAGAGUCAAGAACGGCAAGGAGGGUGUUGUACCGAGCAGUUACGUGGAGAUUACAGGCACAGCGCCGGCCCAACCGGCUUCUAUGACGGGCGUCAACGCGGGACGGUCUACGGUCGCCCAGAACCGGUUGGAGGAGGAGCGCUUGACCAAGGAGGCCGUCAAGGCAGCUCGUAAAGAGGAAGAGAAACGUGCAUCAGAGGUAGGGCCUGGAAUGCGUUUGCCAGAACGAGGCAGCAGCUUGUCAGCAAGAGGACAGAAUGGUAACGCCUCAUCACAGCGGAAGCGCGAGAACGGCCACAGUGGAAGCUCCUCGCGGUCCGGCAAGUCUAAACCCGAUCCGUCCAAAGUGCGAACAUGGACAGACAGGUCCAAGUCCUUCAGCGUCGAGGCACAGUUCCUCGGCAUGAAGGACGGCAAGCUGAACCUCCACAAAGUCAACGGUGUCAAGAUUGCGGUCCCCAUAGUGAAGAUGUCGAUCGAGGAUCUUGAGUAUGUAGAGCGGGUAACCGGUAUUUCACUCGACGAAGACAAGCCUCUGUCAGAGGUCAAGAGAGCCAGAUCCCAGCGGCAAAGCGCUCCAGCCGUCGGCGCCAGUAUCGAGCAGCCCAAGAAGCCCGAGUACGAUUGGUUCCAGUUCUUCCUCGACUGUGAGAUCCAGCCUGGGCUUUGCGAAAGGUACACGCAAGCAUUUUCAAGGGAUAAUAUGGACCAAUCUGUUCUUCCAGACGUCGAUGCUUCUGUUCUCCGAACGCUGGGUCUGCGAGAAGGCGACAUCAUAAAGGUAAUGCGAUAUCUGGAUAACAAGUUUGGACGCAAGAAGAAGGGUGAUGACGCUCAGGGUGAGGGCGGCCUGUUCUCUGGGCCGGGAGGUGCUCUCAAGAACAACACUGGCAGAGCCCGUCCCGAAGCGAACAGGUCGGCCAGCGAUGUUGUCGACGGCAAGGCUCUUGGUGGGAGCGAAGCCUCAUCUCCUGCAGUGCUUACACCUGCUACGACCACGUCUGCGGUAUCAACAGGAAAGGCGGGCGGCUUUGACGACGAUGCCUGGGACGUCAAGCCAGCGAAGUCGCAACCUGCGGCACCAACAGCACCUGAGGCAACACAACCGGCCCCGGCGCCAGCCCCGGCGCCCGCCCAACCUGAGCCCAUCAGGCCGGCUCUGACACCGGGAAUGCAGGAGCUCUCACUCUUGACGGAGCCCUUACAGCCUACGAAGACAGCCACCCCUGUUCAGACCUCGCCCAUGAUCACACAACCACCACCCCAAGCUCCCGCCCCUGCGCAGGCCCCGCAGCCUACCGGAGCCACGCCGGGCUUCUUCGCCGGGCUGCCCAAUGGUCAGCAGCAACCGGCCACCCCUCUGUCACAGCAAUUGUCGCUCGCGAGACAGAGGCCAACUCCACCGACAGGUGUUCAGGGCCAGGCUGGGAUACUCCCGCCCCCUGCGCGGCCGAUCUCUGCACCUCAGUCGGCACAGCCCAGCCAGUUCAACCUUCCUCCGAUGGCACCACAGGUGACUGGCCAGGUCGCUCCCCCGGGACAAAGCUUGCAGGAGAUCAACCAGCAACGUAUGCAGCAACAGUAUAUGCAGCAGAUGCAGGCCCAGAUGACUGGCUUCCCUCAGCAGCAGCAGCCCGGCAUGUAUCCUAUGCAGACGGGCAUGCAACCGCAGCAGACAGGCUUUGGCCAGCCUCAGUUCAUGCAACAGCCCAUGAUGACCGGGCAACAGAUGGGCCAGAGCCCCUUCGUCGACCCAAGAGCGGCACAACAGUUCGGAGGCAUGCAAGCCCAGCCCACUGGCUUCCCAGGGCAAUUUGGCCAGCCUGGCCAGCAGCAAUUUGGAGUUAACCCAACGGGCGGCAUCAACUCAUACCUGCCCCCAGCGCUUGAGCCUCAGAGGACAGGGAUGCAGCCCAUGCAGCCCAUGCAGCCGCAGCCAACAGGAAUGAGCUUCACACAAGGCUUUGGAAACCACGGCAUGCAACAGAAUGGUCCGACAGUGCAGCCUCCCGCCCCGCUGAUGCCACAACAGACAGGACCGGCACCACCAGUUCGCUUCGGUGUUGAUCCUGCAGCCAAGAAGAUGAUGCCACAGCCAACGGGUCGUCGUGCGAACCUCUCUGCUGCUACACCCGACAACCCAUUCGGUUUCUAGAAUAUCACCGCGUACAUACGUAAACAUUUAAUACAUAAGCAAUUGCUGGA